CUUCCAUCAGUGAAGCCUGCAGUCUAGAGGGUAGGGAGGAGUGUGAGCUUUCUUGUCAAUCCACAGUUCAGACAUAAGCUCUGUUAUAUUCAAGCACAAGACACUGCAGUCCUUCCCUAAAGCAAGCAAACAGGCUGUGUGAUCUAAGCAAACAACAAACAGCUUUUGGACUCCAAAAGGCAUGGCAGCAAUUCGGAAAAAACUGGUGAUCGUUGGUGAUGGUGCUUGUGGAAAGACCUGUCUACUGAUCGUAUUCAGCAAAGAUCAAUUCCCAGAAGUCUACGUGCCAACUGUCUUUGAAAACUACAUCGCAGAUAUUGAAGUAGAUGGAAAACAGGUGGAACUGGCUCUGUGGGACACAGCUGGGCAGGAGGAUUAUGACAGAUUGCGCCCCCUCUCCUACCCUGACACUGAUGUCAUCUUGAUGUGUUUCUCCAUUGAUAGCCCAGACAGUUUAGAGAACAUUCCUGAAAAAUGGACCCCAGAAGUGAAACAUUUUUGUCCCAAUGUUCCAAUCAUCCUGGUUGGUAACAAGAAGGAUCUGAGAAAUGAUGAGCACACCCGACGGGAACUCACAAAGAUGAAACAGGAGCCAGUUAAACCAGAAGAUGGAAGAGAAAUGGCCAACAGAAUCAAUGCUUUUGGUUACCUUGAAUGUUCUGCCAAGACCAAGGAUGGAGUGCGAGAGGUCUUUGAAAUGGCCACACGGGCUGCCUUACAAGUCCGGAAACACAGGAAGAAGCCUCGUUGCUCUGUCCUUUAAGAAAUAUCCUGCAGCCUUCGAGGAAGACCAAGAGAAGAUCAAAGUGGUUAGCUCAUUUUUGCUACUGCACAGCCAGCUAUCUGAUGCCAGAGACUUCAGUAGCAAAGAGCUAUAUCCACCAUCUGUACUGUAACUGUCUGUAUUCAUGUUAUGUUAUAUUGAUUCCACCACCUAUUGAUCUAUCUAGAAUUCAGCACGUUUGAGGUUGUGAAAGCUUUGGGAUGCUGCAUUAGAGGAAAUAUUGAAUGUAUGUGCCUCCCUGCUCUGCCUUCAAAUCUCAACUUGUUUUUUUGUUUAGUUUUUUUCUUUAAUUUGUUGUUUUAGAAUUAAUAAGCACAUGUGGGAUUCUGGGAGAUUUUCUCUGUGCCAUAAUCAGACUUUUUAUGUCAUAAUAUUUUAGACCUAAUCCAGUUUCUUGGGAAAUUCUGUUUAACCCCGACCUGUAAUGAAUAACCUACUCUGCCAUUUGCGAUCUUUUAGGCCGUGUGGGAUCUAGACUUUCCCAAGCCUUUGAGUGUAAAACUGAGAGUAAAUUAUUCCUACACAGCACAAUAUGAUCUACAAGCAAGUUGCACUAUCACAUUUCUCACGUCAUGACAUCUACAAAGCAUUGUACGGAGUACUUUAUAUCCAGCAGCUGCCAAUGUCACAAACCAAUUAAAGUUAGGGAUGUUCAUGCCAAAAGCAGAUUGUAAUUUUUAUUUUGUGAUCAAUACUGCUGUGAGAUGAACUUAAGUUUGGCCAUUUAUUUGACCGUAAGAGAUUUGGUUUAGAAGAAAUAAAUACAAAAAAAUGGGUUUGGGGUGUCUUAUUAUUUUUUUUGUAUGAUGAAGCUGUUUUUUUAUUUUAUUUAGUAUAUUUUUUUGUUUGUACUACAUUUUAGUUCAUUAUCUAGAACAAACUGUUCAGGUUAAUAGAGGCCAAUCAAGCUGAUUGAUCUCAAGUCUGACAGUGGUGACUGUUGAGAGUGGCACUACAACAGCAACGCUAUGCGCAAAUGCAAAUUCUUUAAAAAAAAAGUCAGAAGCUAUUAUUAUUAUUAUUAUUAUUAUUAUUAUUCUCAUCAUCACUCUUAUUAUAUUGCCUCUUGAAUAAGAAUCUGAUUUACCAAGGAGCUACCAGUAAAUCUAAAGGUUGUGUAGGUUGCUAAAACAUCUCUCCUCUUAUUUGUCUGAACCGACAAAUAAGAGGAGAGAUGUUUCAGUGGUAAUAUGGGAAUGUUUCCAUUCAAGUUCUCCUUGAUAUGCUACUGUAAUUUCAAAGAUGGAGAAUCAUUGGGUUAAUAUGGAUCUCUGCCUUAUGUGCAAUAUCUGCAGCACUUGCAUGUUAGCAUUACUUUUUCAAUGAUAAACCAGGGACAACAAAUCACUUGAGUCCACUGCUUCUAAACCUUUGAGAUGGAGUUAGUUCUGCCAAACUCUUGCACAAACAUGACAUUCAGACACCACCACAACACAAGCACAAGGGGUUUAUAAGAUCAAAAUGUAAUAUUAGAAGAAAAAAAAAAAGCACACAUGUAAGAAUGCGGUGUCUAAUGCUCUUCCAGGUCUGGAUUUUUGGAUGUAUUCUUGGACACCAGUAGAGCUGGAAAAGUGGUCAAUAUACAUUUUCUGAUUUCAUUUUUUUCUUCAUUAUUUCCCUACUUCUCUUAAGAAGAAUCUCAUAACCCACAACACUGCUUUAGAAUGCACACACAUACCAGCAUUUUGAUAAUCUAAGUAACCAACUUGCUGAACCUAUCUGUCUGUGCUCUGUCUACUGAAAACUUGUUCUCUUGCUUUGUACAGCAAUCUCCAUACUAGCUUUAUCUCAUUUCAAGACCAUUAGCUUGUGUCCCACACUUUUGCCUUUUAAAUUCCUUUAUAGAAAUAAAGCAUAUAACUGUAAGAUUUGUCUUUUGUUUUGUAUCCUGUUCUUUGCCUGACUGCCUGUAAAAGUUGAAAUUUGACACGUGACUUUUCAAAUGUAAAAUAACAAUAAACAUGUACAAUGAGAAAAUAAAUACAAAUUGGUAUUUUAAUGGAA